UCUUGUAAUUAUUUUUAAAAAGCGAAAAAUAGACAUUCUCAAAAUCUUAAUAUGAAUAAUAAAAUAAACAACAAAUCAAUUUUUCCCCUACUGUGCUCGCUAGAUGUACAGUAGUCUUUAAUGGCGAGUACUAUACAUUUGAGAAAUUUGAAAAUUUGACAUUUUCUUAAAAACCUAACCUUUACUUAAGGACGCAUGCGCUUCUGAACCAUGCUUUAAUGCUAUUUUUUUUAAUGGUCGUACCAUCACAUAAUGUUGAAUUUUCUUGAAGUAAUGGCUGGUAUUGUUCCAUUGUCUGGUAGAUCUGGCAGAAAACAAUGGACACUACACGAUGGACCACGAGGUUCUCUUAGAAGAUUACGGUCUCAGCUGGCUGAAGAUGGCUGUCCUGAAUCUCAAGUAGUUUUAGCUAAACAACUUUUGGAAGAAAGAUGUGACCUAGAUGUUGAUAAAGAAGAAAAUGCAAAAUUAGGUGUAUAUUGGCUAACAAAAGCUUCAGAACAAGGAAACUUGGAAGCAACAGACAUUCUUAGGAAAUGCUUAGCCACUGGUCGUGGUAUUACAGAACAUAAUUAUUAUGAUGUAAAAAAUUGCCUGGAUAUGACUCAAGAUGAAAAACUAGCUAGAAGAGCAGCCAGAGAAAUGUUUACUAGUCUUUCAAAUGGUGAAGAUUUUAUCACAACAGAGCAGCUACAAAGACGUAUGAGGGAUUUAGAAUCAAAUUCAUCUAAUGCAAGUUGUUCUGGUUCCCAUAAUAUCUUGCACAGUAACUCACAAAAGGAUCUGAAUGACUCUCUAAAUGAUAAGUUUCCCAAAAAUGGUCUUCCUGAAGGUUCAAUACCUAAAAAAGAUGAAGAAAAAGAAAAUGAUGUCCAUGAUUGGAUGGAUCACAGAGGAGAGAAACUCACAGAAGCAGCUCUGGUAUCUGCUGCUGCUAGUUAUGCUCGCGGUAUGCUUCCAAUUGUUUCACAUGCUCUGUGUAUGGUAGACUCAUCUCAAAUGGUAUUAGAUACUAUACCGUUACUACAAAGGCCUCUUAUGCAUCCUUUUGCAUCUCUAAAACGUCUUUAUAUUUGGUUGAUAGAAACGUUAGGUCAAAGAGGAAUGUCGAUUAAAAAAAUUCUUUUUACAUCGAAUAUACAUAUAUUGUUGUUACUUUUACUAUAUUCGUUGUUUGGCACAGAAAGCCUCAUACUUUUUAUACCAAUGGCUCUAUACUAUUUAUCUUUCGUAGUGAUGGUUAUCGCUACUUUUCAAAUGUUACAACGAAAACGCGAAUUUAAUAAUUUCCGCGUUUGGUCUGGUUUGUUUCUCAGUUACUCCGGUGGUAAUUUAAAUCCUGAAGAAGCAGAAUACCAAUUUUGUUGCAAUAAUCUGAAACCCUAUGGUCAUUUCUUCCUUGCUUUACUUUUAAAUUUAAUGACCUAUCCCAUCAUAGCGCAUCAGUGGACACCACAGUCAGAAUUUACCAUCAUAGCGGUCGCGUUAACGUUAGUGACGCUGUUGAAUUUCGUCUGGAAAGAUUCAUCUAAGGUUCCAGAUCUUUUAGCUCUGUUUAGUUUCGGUGUUCAUGUUCUUGCAAAAUAUCCAUACGAAACCGAUAUCGUAGUCGCACAGGGCUGGAGAUUCUUAGACAUAAGAGUACCAACGUUUGCUUCUUACGUCGUCGGUAAUGGUAUUGAAUUUUGUUUAAAUUUUCGUGCCGUGUUCUAUCUUUUAAUUCCAGCGGUGUUUGCAAAAAUGGCUGCUAGGGAUAAUUGGCGAGGAACUUAUCAAACGUUAAUACCUCAUUGCGUUAGUUUAAGUUGGUGGCAAAUAGCGAUAUUCAGUUCUCAAGGUGCAACAUGGUAUGGUUUAAUUAGAGGUGCUCUCGCUUUAGUCGGUAUGGUUCUCUUUUUGCCACUCGCUGGUUUGGCGUCUGUUAUUUUACCAAUUGUUGCUGCUGCCAAGUAUUUAUCGGAAAGCGAUUUAGCAAUGAGGAUAGCUGUGACCGCUUUAUUGGGAGGAAUGCCAUUUCUUGCCUCGUGGUAUGUAAAGAAAACUCGAGCUCCAAAAUUCAAUUGGAUCAUCACUCUUGUCCAGUUAUUCAUGGGUGUCGGCGCUGGUAUGUUUUUAUCCUGGCCAUUGAUAAUGGAGUAUAAACAAGAAUCUGAUGGCUAUGAAGUUAUUUCUACCCUUUCAUGGGAGCAGUAUCAGAACCAUUGUCAUCAACCUGCAUGGGAAGAAUUAUCAUCCAAGGCCCAGGUGCAAAUUCAGUGUGCGGAUUUAGAAGGAAUAUUUAUCUCAUGGGAAGGUUACGUAACGAAUAUUAAAUUAAAAUCGAUAAAAAAUAAUAUUGCAGUGAUAUUUGAUAAACUACCUGAGAGCGUUAGAAACACAGUCAGUUGUAUGUACGGCGAGUCGUAUUUAAACUCUUGCGAAUCGAGCGAUCAGAUACGACAGGAAAAUUGUAAACAGUUUGCGCGGAUUCAGAAACGGAAAAAUAAAUGUCAUUUCCCCGCGUGGAAUCGGUAUGAAUUUGAAAUUACGGUGAAAAUGAAAAGCGGUAUGUGGGGCAACAAUGCGGAGAUUCUGCUCAUAGCGGAUCAUUCUUUUACCAAUUUUAGUUUAAACAUAUAUCCAGGGGAUAAGAUUUGGUUUUCUGGUACACUGUUAAACAGUGGCUUGGAAGAAGAGUCUUUACUCGGUGGUUCAGAACCUCACAUUGGAUUAGAGGAAAUUGGUUGCCUCGCUUGUCAUUCUACCCAUUUAAAAUCUCAGAAACGCUAUAAUUAUCAUAUAACGUUCAGUUCGACGUUAAGUGAUCUUUAUUUAGGCGUUAAAACUGUUUUAAAUUUUCUGUUCAAUCCUAUCGUGAUGUUCAAAUAAUCAUGUUCUACUAGAUCCACGAAGUGUGCUCUAUCGCAGCGUUAUUUUGUAUCCAUUAUGAUAAACUCAUUUCCAACGAGAUAAAACUCGAUAAUAAUCUUGAUUCUUGUUUCUAAACUUUUUCAAAUGUACUUAUUGAAAGAUACCAAUAAGAAUUUAUAAAGAAAAGAGAAUUAAUGUAACAAGAAACAAAAUUAGAACAAAGUAUGCCAAGAAGAAAGAAUGAAUGAACAGUUUUGUAGAUUUUAGAUAUCAGUAUUUUCUGCAAUGAGAAGGCAUUUAGUUUUUUUUUUUUUUUUUUUUUUUUAUCUAUUCACCUAAAUCUGUCUAUAAAAAAACUACAUUUUGAUGUUACCAUCACCUCAGGCAUUAGAAUUUCAUUAAAAACUCGUGAAAUACCUACGUCAAAGAGUACACUCAUAUAUGUAUAUUUUAAGAUCGAUAUAUUUUCGUAAGUAUUACUGCCAGUAAUAGAGAUAUAUGCGCUUAAUAUUUUUCUAUUACGUUUUCAAAAAGUCGAAAGAGUUGGAACUUUUUCGAUUUUAUUUUAACUCAAUAGUAAAACACUAAACGGUUUUUGUAAUACGAGAUUUUAAUGAGAAACAUCAUUCACAUCAAAAUAACUAGUUCGAUUAACGUUUAAGAGUAAUGUAUGUACAACGAAUGUGAUGUGCGUAAAAUUAAUGUUUAGUUUCUUAGAAUCUGGUACUGUACCUCUAAAACGUUUAUAUAGAUCUGGAAAAUUCAGUGAAGUUACAGAAUUAAUUAAAUCGUUGAAAUAACUUUACUCGUGUAAAUGGUAUGCGAAUAUUAUAUGUAUUCCAAGUAGUAGUAAAGGUAUAUUAUGUACAUGUAUGUCGUGUAGGAGUCGAAGAUUAUUGUUAAAUCGAUGUUAAGUGUCUAGACGUUUAAAAACAUAAACAAUUAAAAAAGUCUUAUAACUGUCUAAAGUAACAAUGACAGUCACUUUAUACAUCAUAUCGGGACAAUAGUAAAAAUUAUAGCAAAAACAAAAGACAACUAUAGAUGUGCCUUGAUGUUUUCUGUUCAAAUAAAUGUAUAUUUUAGAAAGUAAAAAUAUUGUUACCCUAAAGUGCAUUGUUGAAAAUCUUAUGAAGUUACAAGGGAUGUUGUUUAUGUUUUUUCGAAGACAAUUGUUUCUUUUUUUUUUUACACAAUUCAAUACAUAUUUAUUUUUAUAUUUGGCAACAACUGACAUACAUGAUUUUCAUAAAUAAUAACAUUACGUUUCUUAACAAUUAUUUAUUUCAAGAGUUUGGUUCCCUUUAUAUUUUGUAUAAAAAAGAGUUGUACAGUACGAAAACACUCUACAACUAUUUCAUAUUAAUAAUGUUCAGUUCGUUUAUGUACAAAUAUAAAACCUACAUCAAUAAAGUCUUUUCUAUCAUACCAAA